UACAGUUUAUGGUAGAAAAAUAAUUUUUUUUUUAAAUUAAUAAAUCUUUAAAAGUGAGACGUUAAAUAUGUUUAAUCCUUCGCUACCUAUCGCCCACCGCCUUCCCAGAUCUCACAGUUCUUUACCCGAUAUUGUGAACUUUCAACUCGAGCUUAAACAAAGCGUACGAAAACAAAUUGCUAUAUUUAACUUUAGCAUAGAAAGAAACAGGCUUACAUGGGAGUAUCUCAUUGAAUGCAUCUUCAACAUCGUUUCCGAAAGGAAACUAAAUACUGAAUUUGAUAUAACACCAGAAGUUAUUGCAAGUUCGUUGAAAUAUUUUAGUUCAUCGAGAACCAAAAUCGAAAAAACUACACUUCUCACUCGGGAAAACAUGAGAUCUUCCUUCCAGAGUAUUUUUAAAAACUACAACUCUUUUUGCCGUUUAAGUCGGGAUACGGCUGCAGAUUUUAAAAUCCGUCUAAUAAUAUUACUUUCUGAUUUCCAAAUUAACCCUUUUAGUCUCUUGAAUUCUACUUUUAUGCCCACUUCGUUCGGCGUUAAUUCUCUACGUCGGCUUGGAGAUUCUUCCUCGCGGUUGGACUUUAGUUUGCUUGCGCCCGGCUCUCCCGAUCUUGGAGCUAAUUCUCUAACGCAAACUUUCCGAAUCUCUUGUAUUCUAGAGACAAACCUCGGAAACCGGCGCCAGGAGUGUGUCAUUGAGCUUAGUGUCUUCGAGAUAAUAGAAAUUUAUAAAGCGGUGGAGAGACAAUGCCAGUUUCUCCAACAACAGCAACAGUUUCACCAGCAACUUCACCAGCAGCAGCAGCAACAGCGGCAACAGUUCCACCAGCUCCACAGGCACCAGCAUCAAGGCCGGGAGCAACACGUGGACGAUCCGCAUGCAUGCGAAAACCCCUUCAGCAUUGUCGACAGCUCGCACAUCUUGCAUUAAUCAGCUUAUACAUAAAAAACA